CCGCCGCGUGCUGCUCCCCGGGGCCGGGCCGCCGUCAUCUUUAUCGCGCGCCUUGGGCCGCCCGUCGUACCCGCUUGUUCUCGGGCAAAGCAGGGUCCCAGCCACCAAGAAGUUCAAGGAAGAGGGGAGAGGGGGGGGUCUCGCAGGAUAACACAGGCCACCCUGAAACCAGCCCCGCCACAAAUGUAACGUCUGUCGGGGGCUUUCACAGCAGGGACAGGUCCAUCCUGCGCCUCCAGGCCGCAGUGGUGGUGAGAAGCCCUGCGUGGGGGGUUUGCGUCUGUCCCUUGGCUUGCUUUGGCCGGGAGGCGGCAGGAUGGACGGGGAGUGCGCCCGGCUCCUGCCCCCCGUCUGCGCCGUUCUGGCCGACGCCAGGCAACUCGUCUCCGACGACACCUGUUUAGAGAAGUUGCUGGACUGGUUUAAGGCACUGACGGAAGCAGAAUCCAGCCUGCUGCUCUUACAGGAGAAUCCAUGCUUGACAGAGCUUGUCACCUGUGUGCUAAAAUUGGAAGACCCAAGUCCCAGCAUUGUCUCCUUUAUUCUGAGAUUAACAGGGAUUUUUGCAGCCUCCGAAAGCUGCUUCCAGCACUUGCAGCAGGGGGAGUUCUUGUCCAGUCUCUUUGGAGAAGAGGGGCCUAUCAACAGUUCACUGUGGGAAGAUGCCUCUGUGCGGAGCGGCUGGGUCGAAGGUGUGCGUAGCAUGGUGCGGCACCAGAGCACCAUCCAGUUCCUGUGCAGCAGUGGAGCCAUUGAUGUGAUCUUCACGCUGCAGGGAGACCCCAGCCUGUUUGUGGCUUCAGCUGUCAAUCGGCUCCUAGUGCAUAUUCUCACUUUCUCUCUGCAGUCCGAAACAACUAGCCCUCUCAGCAUGAAGGACUGCAGUUGGCCAAUGUGUGCCCAAAUGAUAAUGGCACACAUUGAAAAGUCUCUUAAAUCCAGCUCCGUCUCUCGUAUCAAGCAAGCCUUGAAGCUGCUAACUAGUGUGUUUGGAUGCUGUCAUGACCAAUGGACUGAAAUUCUUUGGUCACGGAUAGCAGAGCCAAUUGAAUCUCUCCUGAAGGAAGAGCCAGUCCAAACAGGACAUUCGCUAGUGGACCUGUUCCUUAGCAUGGCAAGGUCUCCUGUGUUUGGCUGUCCUGAGUGCAGCCUGUGGACAUCAGUGACACAUGCACUGAAGUUCUUAAACCCAGCACAAGCUGGUCCUCUGGCUUUGGGAGUUCUGAAGCGCCAAGAAUGCCCACAGGCCGUAAGGAUCCAGGCCCUGAAUGUCCUGCUUCAGCCAAUGGACUGUGUUUUGAGAUCAGCCUCCCAACCUGUGGAAUGCCCAGGUUUCCUGGGUGAGUCUGUAAAGGAUUCUGCUGUUGUUGAGAAUCUUCUGUCCUCCAAGCCAUCUUGUGCUGCUCUCCUGUGUCAGACUUUAGCUCAUCUGGAGGAGCUGCUGUGCAUGGCUAGUUUGCCAGUGGAUGUGCCCCAUAUACCUCUGCUGCAAUCUGUCAUGAUAACAUUACAAUUCUGUAAUGGCCUUGCAACUCCAGUCUCCUGUCUGGGAAGUAGGAUGAGCAGAAUCCUGAUUGGUUGCUUCAGAGUUCAGAGGUCAGCGCUUGACCUUCUGGGAGCUCUGUCUCAGUGGGCAAGUGCUGUUGCAUUCAAGGAAAGUGUAUUUGAUAUCCUUCUUAAAUACCUGGAGGGUCCAGAUAGCAGUCCUACCGUUCUGAAAAAAUCAUUUCAAGCUACAUUCAAAUGGAUUUUGUGCUUAUGUGACCCUCCCAGCUUCAGCAGUCACUGGCAGCAGACUGAGCAGGUUCUUCAACGUCUGUUCCUGGCACUGCAGAAGCGGAUGUGCAGCCCUUGCUGGGAAGUCCGGGACUCUGCCCUGGAGUUUCUCACCCUCCUAGUUAAACACUUGAGAGAGCAGGAUGGGUUCAGGCAAGUUCUCUUCUCUUCGGAGGUGCCAGGACUUACAGAGGAUCUUCUUCGAGACCCAGAGAGUUACGUGCGAGCAAGUGCUGUGGCUGCCAUGGGGCAGCUUUCCUUCAUCACUCACCUUGUCUCAAACAUACCUGCCCCAGAUGAUGGAAACAACAAAGAGGAAGACAUUGUAACAGAGUUACACGAAAUCUUAUCCACCGACUCGGAGGGCUUCCCUCGAAGGGCUGUGAUCCGAGUCUUCACUGACUGGCUGAGAGAAGGCCACGCAGAGGUGCUAAAAGACACUGAGCAGUUUGUCUCCCGAGCAAUCCAGGCUGUGAACGGUGACUUAGACUGGGAAGUCAAAGUCAGUGGUCUGGAACUGGCUCAAGUGUUUUCUGCCCAGACGCUUAGCCAGCUUGGCCUUGCUGGAUGCCCAUAUUCUGCUGACUUAUCCUCUGCCACCCGCUCCGCUCGUCUGAACGAGUCCCUGCAGAUAUUUCAGCGAGUGAAAUUGUUUGAGUUCCUGUUUGGUGCAUUGUGCGACUGUGACAGGCCAGUAGCUCAGAAAGCCUGCGAAAUUCUCCUGGCCUUGAAAGCUCAGCUCUGUGAUGAUAGCCCAACAGACAGGCUGGGACCUGGAGGUUUACCUGCAGAAGUGCACAGCCUCGCUCAGUUAGAAACGACUGUGAGGACAUGGAUGUCCCAGGCCCAGACCAAUCCCAGUGGUGAUGGCAAUGGGGUUAGCUCCCAGGAGCCACACAGUGUCCUGCUGGUUCUGGGAACAGUUGACUUAGAGGGGCUCCGCGCAGCUCUGGAUAAGAGUAGUGAUCACAUUGAGAAGAGCCCCCAGUCCCUCCUGCAGGACAUCCUGGCUACUGUGGGGACACUGGAGGAGAAUGAAGCUGACUGCUACUGACCUCUGUGCUAGGCUUCUGCUCUGAGUGGGCAUUAAUUGAAGCCACUGUCUGGUUGCAGGAGAAUUUGUUUGCUACCCACGAGUAGAGAUGAGGGAUAUAGUCUGGAGAAAGACAAGCUGUUAGGGAGUCUGUCCUCCUCCUGGGCCUUUCCCUCUCUUGAAUGGGUUAGACCGUCUUUUGGGCGUGCUGCCAUUUCCCAUGUGGUGCAGUAAUUGCCAAAGAACAAUUUUUGUUAAAUGCACGUUUUAUAUUAAAUUGUUUCUCAGCCGGAUGCCUCCACUUCAUUUUAACACACAUCCUUUGCUUUAGCCUGCGCUAGGGAAACUUGCCUAGAAAGCCACUCAUUCGAAAUGGGUUAAAAGUGCCGGCGGGUACAAGGCCAAGAAACUGAUGGGCCCUUUUUCAAAGGCAGGAUUUUAAGCCUGUUUAGAAGCCGAUUCCAUGAGGCUGAGACAUUAAAAGGGAUCUAUCCAAUCUGGCCUUGCCCAUAUUACUCUUCUAAAAACGAGAGGCGUGCAGCAAGCUUCCGUGCUACAGAAUAGGUCUAAGGCCACAAGAGACCACUAAAGACAAGUCUUAACAGGGCACUGAAUACUUGUAAUUAUGGAAGCAGGGUAAGUAAGAACAAUAUUAGCUAAUUGCUUUUCCUGGCAGGUGAAAACCAGAGGUGCUAGAAAUGACCCUGCCUCCAGAGGGUCUCUGGCCCCAAUCCAGUCACCAACCCUUCAGAGUACUGUUAGUCUUUAUGCAAGAGGAGCUGGAAAAGCUGCUUUUGGAUGCAAAGGCUUUAGGCACCUAAAGCUUUCAGACUAAACACCACCACCAGGCUUCUGGUUUUGUCUCUUGUAAACAAGUCUCUUUAAUUAAAAAGAGCAGCUCACCUAAGUGGCAGCACUGCUUUCUGAGAAGAGUUUGACAGCUCUUAGAAGGCAGCUGGGAAAGGACUGUGCCGUUUACAACUUUAGCAGACUCAGAAAAAAAGGAGACUGCAUUAAAAAUCCUCCUACACAGUGAGGAGAAAGGUAACCAUAGCAAUAGUCUCAAACCAUAGCUAAGCCCCCUGAACAGAGCUAGUACUAUAUGGAUAAUGCCUUGGAGUCAGGCCAAGAACAAACCAUUCCUUUUCUGUGGGAGGAUACAGAAGAGGGUAUAUCCUUCCUCAUCGAGAUUCUUGAAUUCUUAACUGCUGCAGCUGGGGAUUUUUGAAUUCAUGGCAUACCCUUUUAUGAGUCUGGGCAACUUACCUGCCCCUCUGCACAGAGGCUUCCACACAAGCCUAAAGUCUGUUGAUGGCAGCUCUUCAAAGAAGUAGCAGCUUCUGGCGAUGUACAUCCCUACCCAGGCAGGGGCUGUUCCUGACCAGAGAGAGGAAAAAAAUAGAACAGUAAGUGUAAGCUGGCCAUUUCCUCCCAGAUGUUCAAGCUUAGAAGCUGCAAGGGUUGCUAAAGAAGUGGCCAGCUACAUUUAAGGUAGCAGAUUGUUCUGCAGCCACCUUCUCCCAUUGCAAACUUAUCAGGCCCUGCUGAUAAGCAGGUUUUAGCAAUUCAGAAGCACCUCUCAUUGCAUGCAUCCGCACAUGCAAGCACAUGCGCUUGCAGCAGCUCAAAUAGAAACUGCAAAUUUGAGCCAGGGCUUUUUGCCUCAGCACACGUGCUCGGACAUGCACUUCGUUGUGGAGCAAAUUGUGCGACUUGGGGCAAAAUAACCCUGCCUGGAUCCUCCUGGAUAUGUAGCCAGGGAGAGCCAGAGCCCAGGGCCAGCACCUGUGCUGUCCCCAGCAGUAUAAAAAGCUGCCCUGUCCUGGUCCCAUCUGUACCAAGAGUUGCCCUGGCAAGCAGCUCAGGGCUACUCACUCAGGAGCUUCUGGGGUCCGGCCACUUGGUACCUGGGGACACUACCCCUUGUGCCAGCUGGACUGCUGCAGCAGCAUCCCAAAUCCAUUUUUCAAAAUACCCCAAAAUAUCCAUGUUUUUCCACAAUUAAAACAAAAGACCAAUCCACACACACACCCACCCAGAGAGAGAGAGCAGCAAUGAGUUGGGCAAUGCUUUAUUGGCAUAGUUACAAAGUUAAAGCAAUGUGGAAGCCUACCGGUGUCUAUCAUCAUGAUAAAAUAAAUUCUAAAUACCUAUA